AUGACGGGGCAAGUCGUGGUGACCAACGGUGGCGGGUGCGGCGUUGGGAAGGGGCGGAGAGGCACCGAGGAGGAGCAAAAUCCGGCGUCGCCUGUGGCGGUUCUGUUGGCGGCGCUGAGGAAAUCGAUGGUGGCGUGCAGUGUGGACAGUCCCGACGAUGUAAUCUCCGCCGUCCAUCACCCCAUGGAGAUCGGAUGGCCCACAAACGUGAAGCAUGUUAGUCAUGUCACUUUCGAUCGCUUCAAUGGGUUUCUGGGUCUUCCGCUUGAGUUGGAGGUUCACGUCCCCGCUCCUGUUCCCAGUGCUAGUGUUAGUGUGUUUGGCGUCUCAGCAGAAUCAAUGCAGUGUUCCUAUGAUUCAAAAGGAAACAGUGUCCCCACUAUUCUUCUGCUAAUGCAAGACCGAUUGUACUCACAGGGUGGCCUAAAGGCUGAAGGUAUAUUUCGCAUAAAUCCAGAGAACAGUCAAGAGGAGCAUUUGAGGGAGCAGUUGAAUAAGGGCCUUGUGCCUGAUGACAUUGAUGUCCAUUGCUUGGCAGGCCUAAUCAAAGCAUGGUUCAGAGAGCUUCCUUCAGGAGUGCUAGAUGGACUUUCCCCUGAGCAAGUUCUUGAGUGCAACACAGAAGAAGAGUCUGUUCAGCUUGUGAAGCAGCUAAAGUCAACUGAGUCAGCUUUGCUCAACUGGGCUAUUGAUCUCAUGGCUGAUGUUGUAGCAGAAGAGGAUUACAACAAAAUGGAUGCAAGAAACAUUGCAAUGGUUUUUGCUCCAAAUAUGACUCAGGCUCUAGUAUUCAAAAUUCACAUUUUUAACUUUUGUCUCCUGAAACAGAUGUCUGAUCCGUUAACUGCUCUGAUGCAUGCGGUCCAAGUGAUGAAUUUACUGAAGACCCUCAUACUGAAGACACUUAGAGAACGUGAAGAAACAGCCGGAGGAGAAUAUUCGCCCAUGUCAUCUCGUUCAUCUGAUCGCCAAUCUGAGGAUGACUAUGAUAGUCAGCAAGAAAUGGAUACCAGUGGCGAAUUGAGGGAGACCAAGUCUGAAGACUAUGAAGAUAAUGAUAAUGAUGUUAACUACAGUCCUGCCAGUGAAGAGCAUGGGGAGGCUGAUGCAGCAUCAGUGAGUGAGAUAGUGGAAUGCUUCUUGAAACGUUUGGAUGAGAAAACAAAAAGAUUCUCAGAAGAACCUGUAGGGUAUUUGCAAGAGAAGUUAGAGAGCCACAAGAGUUGCACUGGCUAUAACUUGGAAUCUGCUUUAUCAUUAACUGAUAUCAAAACUGAGAAUUCUUGCUCAAGUUCCUCUUCUGAAGAUGACUCAAGAACAACUCUUACUGCGGAGGAAUCAAAUGCUGACACAGGUAGUUCAUCAAUGGGAAGCACAAGCAACGAUGUGGAGAUGAUUGAUAAAUUUACAGAUUCUGUUUCACUAGUUCCACUGUUUGCAUCUAGCUAA